AUGGCGUUGUGGACUGCCCGAACAAACUUAACUUCUUUUUUAGCUGUGGUUGGAGUUUUUCUACUCUCUUGUAGCCCGCAUCUAGUGUUUUCUUGUCCAAGUCGCUGUUUAUGUUUCCGCACCACAGUGAGAUGUAUGCAUUUAAAUUUGGAAACUGUACCGGCUGUCUCUCCUCAAACUACAAUUCUAGACCUGAGAUUCAAUAAAAUCAGGGACUUACAACCGGGUUCCUUCAGACGGCUAAAGAACCUCAACACGCUACUUUUGAAUAACAACCACAUCAGAAGAAUUCCAAGAGGAGUGUUUGAAGAUUUGGAGAAUCUAAAAUAUCUCUAUUUGUACAAGAAUGAAAUCCAGUCAAUAGACCGACAAGCAUUUAAGGGGCUUGUCUCUCUAGAGCAACUAUACCUGCAUUUCAACAACAUCGAGUCAUUAGAACCAGAGUCCUUCACUCACCUCCCGAAGCUUGAACGCCUAUUUUUGCACAACAACAGGAUAACUCAUCUUGCACUGGGAACCUUCUCCCAUCUGCAGUCUAUGAAGAGACUGCGUCUGGACUCGAACACACUGAACUGUGACUGUGAGUUGCUGUGGUUGGCUGAUUUGUUGAAGCAGUAUGCUGAGUCAGGUAAUGCCCAGGCUGCAGCUACCUGUGACUACCCCACACGUCUACAGGGACGAUCUGUCGCCACGCUCACUGCUGAGGAACUCAACUGUGAGGUCCCCAGGAUCACUUCUCAGCCUCAGGAUGUGGAUGUAACAUUGGGAAACACGGUUUAUUUCACCUGCAGGGCAGAAGGAAACCCCAAACCCCAGAUAAUAUGGCUGAGAAAUAACAACGCUCUGGAUAUGCGGGAGGACUCUAGGUUGAACCUGCUCGAGGACGGGACGCUGAUGAUCCAGGACACGCGAGAAACUGACCAGGGCGUGUACCAGUGCAUGGCCAAAAACGUGGCUGGAGAAGUGAAGACCACCGAAGUAACUCUGCGCUACUUUGGCACACCCUCACGACCCAGUUUUGUGAUCCAGCCUCAGAACACAGAAGUUUUAGUCGGGGAGAGCGUGACUCUGGAGUGCAGUGCCACUGGUCAGCCGCAGCCUCGAAUCUCCUGGACCCGCGGGGAUCGUAAUCCCCUGCCCAAUGAUGCCCGCAUCAAUAUCACACCAUCAGGGGGGCUCUUUAUCCAAAAUGUUAACCAGGCAGACGGAGGCCAGUAUACUUGCUUUGCCAGCAAUAAUGUGGACACCAUCCAUGCCACCGCCUACAUCAUAGUGCAGGCUGUCCCUCAGUUCACAGUGACUCCUCAGGAUCAGACUGUGUUGGAGGGGCAUACAGUGGAUUUCCCGUGUGAGGCCAAUGGGUUCCCCCAGCCUGUUAUCGCGUGGACCCGCGGUGGUAGCACUUUGCCCACUGACAGACGGCACGUGGUCCUUUCCACGGGCACUCUUCGCAUUGGCCGUGUGGCACCACACGACCAGGGCCAGUACGAGUGCCAGGCAGUAAGCCCUGUGGGCACCGUGAGGGCAGCUGUACAGCUCAAUGUGCAGCAAAGAGUAACGCCUGUUUUCACAAAUGCUCCAAGGGACCUGACGGUACAGGCUGGCUCGGAUGUCCAGAUUCCCUGUAGUGCUCAGGGAGAGCCCCAGCCCAUCAUAACCUGGAACAAGGAUGGAGUCCAGGUGACAGAGAGUGGAAAAUUUCACCUCAACCCAGAUGGGUAUCUAGAGGUGAAAGAUGUUGGUCCUGCUGACGGUGGCCGUUAUGAGUGUGUGGCCCGCAACUCCAUCGGCUAUUCCUCAUCUAGCAUGGUGCUAACGGUUCAAGUUCCACAAGUGAGCAGGGAAGGUGACCCAUUUGUCUCCACCUCUCUUGAGGAAGCUAUUCGCAGUGUGAACAGUGCUAUAGACUCUACCAGACGCCACCUGUUUGAUGGCUCUCCACGGACACCUGGUGAGCUGUUGGCCCUGUUUCGAUACCCGCGGGAUCCUUACACAGUGGAGCAGGCCAGAGCCGGGGAAAUCUUUGAGCAAACAUUGCUUCUCAUCCAGAGACAUGUUAACCAGGGCCUGAUGGUUGACACCAAUGGCACAGCUUUCCGUUACAAUGACCUAGUGUCGCCUCGAUUCUUGGACAUGAUUGCUAACUUGUCGGGCUGCACAGCCCACCGGCGUUUCAACAACUGCUCAGACAUCUGCUUCCACCAGAAAUACCGCAGCCAUGAUGGUACCUGCAACAACUUGCAGCACCCAAUGUGGGGCGCAUCUCUCACUGCCUUUGAACGUUUACUCAAAUCUGUUUAUGACAACGGAUUCAACCUCCCGCGAGGCGCUACAGAACGACGACAUAAUGGUUUUCUGCUCCCUCUCCCUCGUCUGGUCUCUACAACCAUGAUUGGCACGGAGACCAUCACUCCAGAUGAUCGCUAUACCCACAUGCUCAUGCAGUGGGGCCAGUUUUUGGAUCAUGACCUGGACUCAACAGUGGUCUCCCUCAGUCAGUCUCGCUUUUCUGAUGGACAGCUUUGUACAGCAGUCUGUACCAAUGACGCACCAUGUUUUCCAAUCAUGUUCCCCCCCAAUGACCCUCGGCAGUUGCGUAGUGGUGCUCGCUGCAUGUUCUUUGUACGUUCUAGCCCAGUCUGCGGCAGUGGAAUGACUUCUCUGUUGAUGAACUCUGUUUACCCUCGUGAGCAGAUCAACCAACUCACCUCUUACAUUGAUGCUUCAAAUGUGUAUGGCAGCUCCCAGCAUGAGGCAGAGGAGAUACGGGAUCUGGCCAGCCAUCGAGGUCUGCUCCGACAGGGAAUUGUCCAAAGCACAGGAAAACCACUUCUACCUUUUGCGACAGGGCCACCUACGGAAUGCAUGCGGGAUGAAAACGAGAGUCCCAUCCCUUGCUUUUUGGCGGGUGACCACCGAGCCAACGAACAGUUGGGUCUGACGGCCAUGCAUACGGUGUGGUUCCGAGAACACAACCGAAUAGCAACUGAACUCUUGCGCCUCAACCCUCACUGGGAUGGGGACACCAUUUACCACGAGGCACGCAAGAUCGUAGGGGCCCAGAUGCAGCACAUCACUUACAGCCACUGGCUACCCAAAAUCCUGGGAGAGGCUGGUUUAAAGCUGAUGGGAGAAUAUCGUGGGUAUGACCCCAAUGUCAAUGCUGGUAUCUUCAAUGCUUUUGCAACCGCCGCCUUCCGUUUUGGACACACGCUCAUCAACCCCAUUCUGUACCGGCUGGAUGAAAACUUCCAGCCAAUCCCACAGGGUCACAUUUCCCUUCAUAAGGCUUUCUUUUCGCCAUUCCGAAUUGUAAAUGAGGGUGGCAUUGACCCACUGCUCCGGGGUCUCUUUGGGGUGGCAGGAAAGAUGCGUGUUUCCACGCAGCUGUUGAACACAGAGCUGACAGAAAGGCUCUUCUCCAUGGCACAUGCUGUGGCACUCGAUCUUGCAGCCAUGAACAUCCAGAGAGGGAGAGAUCAUGGGAUUCCACCCUACAAUGACUACAGGGUCUUCUGUAAUCUCUCUUCUGCACAUACGUUCGACGACUUGAGGAAUGAGAUCAGGAAUCCCAGUGUACGGGAGAAACUCCAGAGACUGUAUGGCACACCACUGAAUAUAGAUCUGUUCCCUGCGCUUAUGGCUGAAGACCUGGUCCCUGGCAGCCGACUUGGUCCUACACUCAUGUGUCUACUGGCAACUCAAUUUAAGAGAGUGAGAGAUGGGGACAGGUUUUGGUAUGAGAACCCAGGAGUGUUCACCCCAGCUCAGUUGACUCAACUGCGACAAGCAUCUCUGGCUCGUGUGUUGUGUGAUAAUGGGGACAACAUCACCCAAAUCCAGCCAGAUGUUUUCCAAGUUGCUGAGUACCCUCAUGGAUAUGGCAGCUGUGAUGCUGUGCCUAAGAUUGACCUGCGCAUGUGGCAGGACUGCUGUGAAGACUGCCGCACUAAAGGUCAGUUCAACGCCCUGUCCUACCACUUCAGAGGUCGGAGGUCAGUUGAACACAGCUAUGCGGAUGAGAAUCCUGCCAACAGACCCCACAGUGAGGGCAGUUCAGCGAAUGAUGUCCUCCAAGAGCCUGUUAAUGUCACUCUCUCACACAAACCAAGCACUGAAAACUCAUUCACCGAUUUCCAGGACUUUGUAGUGGACAUGCAGAAGACUAUCACAAGUUUACGAAAGCAGAUAAAAAGACUUGAAGCACGUCUGAAGAAGACAGACUGCACUGACGAAGAGAAAAGAGAGAGAAGAGAUGGGGAACGCUGGAAAAAGGAUCCCUGUACCAUCUGCCAAUGCAGAGAGGCUCAGGUAACAUGCUUUGUGGAACGCUGUCCACCAGUAGAUUGUGUGAAACCUGUGAAACUGAAAGGCUCUUGCUGUCCCACGUGCCUACACCAGUCAUCGCCCCCUGGUGGAGAACAGCGGCAUGUAUAAUCUCAGGACCCCCCUCCGAACCCAGUGACUUAGGAGCAAAUUAAUGAGAGAGACCUAAAGACCCCUUGGGGGGCAACACAUCCAGAUGCCUCGCUGUUGCCUUUGUUUUUACUUCGUUUUACUUGUUUUCUCAUAUUUUCCCCAAUUUUAUGUUGAUUUUUUUAAUGCCCCCAUAUCCUCAUAUACACUCGCAACAGUACAGCUGUUGCAGAAAUGUUUUCUUCAAGGACGGAUGGAUGGAUGGAUGGCUUGAUGGAUGAAUGGAUAGACUCUCUUUUCCUCACGUAACGACUGAAAAAUGUCCACUGACCCAGAGAGAUCUCCAGUGGGCAUUUUCCCUAUUUCACUACGCCCCCACCGCAGGCUGAGAGGCAAAGCAAGGCAUAUUGACAAAAUGACGGCGACAGAGACAUACAGAUAGACCAGCUUCAGCCAUUUUGUCUCUCACAUGUCUUCUCAGGGCAGAGAUGCCGGAAAACUGGUGCUACCCCUCUGAUUUUAUCCUUAGUUCAAAUUUAGCUCAUUCAACCUUCAAUAUAUUGUCAGUAUUUUUUAAACAAUAUGCAAAUUGUUAUGUAUACUCAUUAUGCACCAUUUCAGAUCAUGUUUGAGCAAAUUCUCUUUUUUUUUUUUUUUUUUUAAGUACUCUAAAGACAUUUUAUGUAUGAAAUGAUUAGAGUUAUUUCAACCUUUGCUAAACGUUUAUGGUGCUUUUUAUCAUAUACACAUUUAGUAUAUAUUUUCCCUUUUGUAUCGACUGCUUACGUUUGAAGAUAAUGUGAAUACCAAGAGAAAAAAAAAGAGAAAAAAAAAAAAGAUUUGUAAUGCAAAAAAAG